CUGGUUUCGCUUUUCUGCUGUUUUUCUUUGGAAAAAAAGCAAGUCGGGAAGAAAGGCAUCAGCCAAACGGGUCUGUGCACUUGAUGGAGAGCUUUCUAGAUAAGGGGAUAUGAAGGACUUCCCGUGGGCGGGCGGGAAGUUGCACACACAACCACCCGGAAUUGCACCGGGAAUCAUUUCUUGCCUUUAGAACAGCAGCGAGGCUCUGGGGACAGAGCUGUGAAGCUCAGAGGAGAAAAACUGGGCCCAGGGAGGCCGAGCAGCCAAGGGGUAACUUCUGUCUGAGAGAGGGCCGUGAGCCCUCGGUGGUUUUCCCUUCCCCAGAUGUGAGAUCCCCACAAACUGCUGGGCAAAUGGCCCCGUAGGAGAACGAAGGCAUUGGUCAUAGCACAAGCCAGCCUGGGACAGCAGCAGUGCUGGAAAGAUCAACAGCUCUGUGGUGAAGCAUGCAUUCCCCAAGGAGGUCCCCGCUGUGCCUGGUUCUCCUGGUCACGUGCCUCUCCAGGGCACAGAGCUGGGACCUGCAGGCUAUGGCGAGUCCUUCGGUGCUACGUGAGCGGGACUUUGCGAGUGUGGAGCUGCUAAGAUCUCGGCGUGCAGCUGCCCUGAGCAAUCCCGUGCUGGAUGAGCACACUGUGGACAUCGAGAUUGGCUUCGAGAAUGUGUCCUUCCUGGAGCAUCUCAAAGCUCAGCUGCGCAGGCUCAGUUUUCCAAUUCAAGCAGAAGGCACUGCCCCAACGACUGACAUUCUGAGCAUGGAGGUCACAACAGUGUGCACCCCCUCCGGAAACGAACUCUGGUGCUCCUGCGAAUCAGGCUACGAGUGGCCUCGGGAAACAUGCAUCCACAAUACUGUGUGCCAGGAGCAUGGCAGUGUUACCUCAGGGAAUCCCUGCAGCUGCCUGAAAGGACUCCCUCCCCAGGGACCGUUCUGCCAGCGCCCAAAAGUUCUUACCCUGAAAAUGAAAGUCAGGCUGAACGUGGGUUUUCAAGAAGACCUGCUGAACACGUCCUCUGCCCUCUACCGAUCCUACAAGACUGACCUGGAAAGAGCAUUCCAGGAGGGAUACAGGAAUUUAUCAGGCUUCCAAUCAGUGACUGUGAAAGAGUUCACCAAAGGCAGUGUGGUUGUGAGCUAUGAACUCAAGACUACAACCCUCAAACCUGCAGAGAUCCAAAAGGCCAACAGCCGGGUGCUGGACAACCUCAACCAGACCUACAAAGUGGAUGAAAGCUCCUUUCAAGGGGUGAACAAUGAAACCAAGAUAACCACCAUCCCAGCAGUCAUCUUCGAAGGGGACGAGGUGGUCGUGGAGUGUGAAAACGAAGCUCUGUCCACCAACGUGUCAUGGUUCUAUGGCAAAGAGCGCUCCAGCCUCUCCAUGCUCCAGAACAGUAGCAGAUACUGCAUGUACACCACUGUGCAGCUGAACUCCGUGUCCCGGCUCACCAUCCACAACUUCACUCAGGAAGAUGCAGGUCUCUAUGCUUGCAAGCUGGUAGUAGAUAUCUUUGAAUUUGCGAAUGAAAAACGCAUCAACGUGACACCCUUCCGAAUUCUGGCAAAUGAAACAGCGGAAGUGAAGUGUGACAACAGUCCUGUGUCGCUGAGGUGCUGCAGCGAGAGGAAGGUGAACUGGAGCACGAUAGAGUGGAAGCAAGAAGACAGCGUGAGCAUCCCAGGACAUAAGGACCAGGACCUGGACUCCAGCUGCAGCAGGUACACCCUGCAGGCCAACAGGACCCACUGCCCGGCAACAGUCAACUACACGUGCGAGUUCUCCAGUGGCUACGGAGCCAGGGGCAGCAAGACCAUAGAAGUGACAUUCAUCCCUGUGGGAGAUAAUUCCACCCACAAAGGGGAAGUUCACGAACUCAUGAGGCACACGACGGAAGAGAGUAGGCACACGACGGAAGUGAGUACAGUUCAGAGUGCCACCAGCAGCAGCCUAGCCACCCAGAAAGCCCGGGAGCAGCCAGCCAAACUAACAAUAACCCCGGACCCAAUUUCUGUUUCUGAGGGACAAAGCUUUUCUAUAAAAUGCACCAGCAAUGUGCGUAACUAUGAAGACGUGUAUUGGAACACUUCUGCUGGGAUUAAGAUACACAAAAGGUUUUAUGCCACGAGGGAGCAUCCGGGUGGAACGGAGUCAGUGCUGACAGUGCAGACGUCGACCAGGGAGUGGAACGGAACAUACCACUGCAUAUUCCAAUAUAAGAACACAUGCCACGAGGCCACCAAAGAUGUCACUGUCCACCCACUGCCUCUGGAACCAAACAUCAUGGUCGAUCCUUUGGAAGCCAGCGGUCUGUGCUCAGACUCCCAUCACUUCAGGUGCUGCGUGGAGGAGGAUGAGAACUACACCGUGAUGUUCGAAAUGGAGUCUUCCUUCUUUCCUGCUGCCAGAGAAGUGCAGGGAAAGCAAGUGUGCUACAAAUACAGCUCCACUCCCAGCCCAGUGUCCCAGUGUCCCAAAAACAUUGAUGUGUUCUGCCACUUCACGAACGCCGCUAACAGUUCGGUCCGCAGCUCUUCCAUGAAGCUGAGUCUGGUACCCGAAGAGAACGUCACAUGCAACGACCCUGUCAUCGGCGUUGGAGAGCCUGGAAAGGUCAUCCAGAAGCUGUGCCAGUUCUCAGACGCUAGGAGCACCGACAGGAUCACUGGUGGGAUUGUCACUUACAGAUGCGUGGGCUCCCAGUGGCAGGUGGAGAGGAAGGGCUGCAUCUCCGCCCCCAUCAACGACCUGCUCCAGCUGGCAGAGGCUUUGAUCAAGAGCCCCUCUCAGGACCAGAACCUCCCCAAGUACCUGAAGAAUCUUUCUCUCAGCACUGGCAGGGAGGAGCAAGAGAUACAGUCGUCUCCUGGGAGCCUGGGUGCUGUCAUCAACAUCCUUGACCUGCUCUCAACCGUUCCAACGCAAGUGAAUCCAGAGAUGAUGAAGGAUGUGCUGGCCACUGUGAACAUCGUCCUGGGCAAGUCUGUCCUGGGCACCUGGGAGGCCCUGCAGCAGGACCAGACCAGCCAGAGCUCACAGCUACUGCACUCAGUGGAGCGGUUUUCCAAAGCUCUGCGGCCAGGAGAUGGCACGUUCACGUUCCUCCAUCACCCCAACGUGCAGAUGGGGAGCAUGGCCAUCAAACCUGGCAACCCCCACACCUACCAACAGAACUUUCACUUCCCAGAUGCCGACCUCUGGGGCAACGUGACCAUUGAAAGGCAUCAGCUGGGGAACCUGCCCCCAGAGGCCUUGGUCGUCAGCGUGGCUUUCCCCACACUCAAAGCCAUCCUUACCCCGGAUGCUCAGAAAAAGCCUUUUGCAAAUAGUUUAGUGAUGACCACCACCAUCAGCCACAACACCUCUGCACCCUUCGAGAUCUCCAUGAGUUUCAAACACAACCACAGAAUAGAAGGGCAGAUCAUGUGUGUCUUUUGGAACUUCAGCCUCAGCAACCACACCGGGGGCUGGGACAGCCGAGGGUGCCGUGUGAACCGUGUGGACAGGGACAGUGUGUCCUGCACCUGUGACCACCUGACAUCCUUCUCCAUCCUCAUGUCCCCGGAUUCCCCGGACCGGGGUUCUCUUCUGGAAAUCCUACUGGAUAUCAUCUCCUACAUCGGUCUAGGCUUCUCCAUCCUGAGCUUAGCAGCCUGCCUCGUUGUGGAAGCGGUGGUGUGGAAAUCGGUGACCAAGAACCGGACAUCGUACAUGCGCCACGUCUGUAUCGUGAACAUCGCUGCCUCCCUGCUCUUUGCAGACGCCUGGUUCAUCGUGGCGGCUGCCAUCCAGGAGCACCGCUACCUACUCAACAACACGGCCUGCGUGGCCGCCACCUUCUUCAUCCACUUCUUCUACCUCAGUGUGUUCUUCUGGAUGCUGACGCUAGGCCUCAUGCUCUUCUACCGUCUGGUUUUCAUCCUGCAUGACGCGAGCAAGUCUAUGCAAAAGGCCGUAGCCUUCUGCCUUGGCUAUGGCUGUCCCCUGGUCAUCUCGGUCAUCACGGUAGCGGCCACCCAGCCGCAGGAGGUCUACAUGAGGAAGAACGCCUGCUGGCUCAACUGGGAGGACACCAAGGCCCUGCUAGCUUUUGUCAUCCCUGCACUGAUUAUUGUGGUGGUGAACAUGACUAUCACCGUCGUGGUCAUCACCAAGAUCCUGAGGCCAUCCAUUGGGGACAAGCCCAACAAGCAGGAGAAGAAUAGCCUGUUUCAGAUCAGCAAGAGCAUCGGGGUCCUCACGCCGCUCCUGGGGCUCACGUGGGGGUUCGGCCUGGCCACAGUGUUCCAGGGGAGCAAUGCCGUGUUCCAUAUCAUAUUCACCUUGCUCAACGCCUUCCAGGGAUUAUUCAUUCUACUUUUCGGCUGCCUCUGGGAUCAGAAGGUGCAGGAAGCAUUGCUGAACAAGUUUUUGCAGUCCAGACGGUCUUCCCAGCACUCCAAGUCCACUUCCCUGGCUUCAACUACACCCGUGUUCUCCAUGAGUUCUCCAAUAUCGAGAAGAUUUAACAACCUUUUUGGUAAAACAGGAACGUACAACGUGUCUACUCCAGAAACAACCAGUUCAUCAGUGGAAAACUCCUCCAGUGCUUAUUCACUGCUCCGCUAGGCACUGAGAACAGUGGCCGCGUGGCCUCCUGGAGAUGGUGGAGAACAGCCCCGGGCGGAGCUGGGGACGCUUUCCACAGGCACCUGGGAGCAGACGCUGAAAAGACUUUCUCACCAAGACGCUUUCUUCUGUAAAGACAGAGGGAAAAGAAUUGCUGUGUCUGUUUCUGCUCCCCCCGCCCCCUCCUGUGACGCCCAGUGUGUAUAGUAUUUAAGUGAACUGUGCGUCUCCCAAGGCCCAGCUUCUGUCCAUACUGUAAGAAAGAGUUCUAAAGAGACAUGUUCAUUUCUUGUCGUUGGCCACAAAGAUAAGCUCUGAUCAAAACAGUAAGUAAAAAGCUAGUGCCUCAGUGAAGAAAGGAAUGGAGGGUGGAAGGGUGGGCGGUAGGGAAGGAAGGGAGAGGAAAGGAAGGA